AUGUCUAGCAUUAUAAUGAGCAUGGCGAUUCCCAACAAGCCAACAAAACUUGUUCAUAACUUUGCCAAUAAAUAUCCCAAAACGCAGAUAGCUUCUUCACAAAAAGGCUGGAGGCAGUCUUGCUCCCUCAAACACACCGCCGAUCAAACCUCCGAUCAAAUCCAAUCUACACGGCGGUCGGGUAAUUACAAGCCUACCCUUUGGGAUUUCAAUCGGAUUCAGUCACUCACCAGUGUAUACACGGAAGAGAAGUACGCCACCCGGGCUUCUGAGCUCGUUGAGCAAUUGAAGAAGCAGCUGUGCCAAGAAUCAAAUUGGCUCAAGCAGUUGGAGUUGAUCGAUGACUUGCACAAACUAGGGGUUUCUUACCAUUUCGACAACGAAAUCAACCAAGUCUUGAAUCGUAUCUAUAUGGAGCAGAAAUAUUGCAACAAUGAGGAGAGGGAUCUGUACUCAACAGCUCUUGCUUUCAGACUCCUCAGACAAAAUGGUUUUAGGGUUUCUCAAGACGUGUUUGAUGGUUUCAAGAACGACGGCGGCGAGUUCAAAGAAUGCCUAGGUGGUGAUACAGAAGGAGUGUUGCAACUCUAUGAAGCUUCUUUCCUUUUAACGGAAGGCGAAACAAGUCUUGAGCAAGCCAGAUUAUUUUCCAAAAAUCUUCUGCAGAAAAAACUGGACGACGAAGAAGUAUUGGAUGAAUUUCUCUCCUCGUUGGUGCGCCGUUCUCUAGAGCUUCCUCUUCACUGGAGCGUUCAAAGGCCGAACGCCAGAUGGUUUGCCAACGCGUACUCGAAGAAAUCACAGGCAAAUCCCAUCCUUGUUGAGCUUGCCAAAUUGGAUUUCAACAUUGUUCAAGCAGCAUACCAAGAGGAACUCAAAGAAAUCUCGAGAUGGUGGAAGGAAACGGAGCUAGCAGAAAAACUUCCGUUUGCAAGAGAUAGGGUGCUUGAGAACUACAUAUGGAACAUAGGCUUGCUGUUCAAGCCUCAAUAUGGAUAUGCAAGAAUCAUGACAACAAAGCUUUUCAUUUUGAUAACAGUAAUUGAUGAUGUAUUUGAUGUCUAUGCCACCUUGGAAGAAACACAACUUUUCAAGAACGCCACUCAAAGAUGGGAUGAUGAAGCGGUAGAUCAACUCCCAUACUACAUGCAGAUUUGUUAUAUGGCGUUGGACAGUUUCAUCAAUGACAUGGCAUACCAUAUUCUUAAGGAAAAGGGCGUUUUCGUCAUUCAAGAUUUAAGAAAAACGUGGGGAGAUUUGUGUGCAGCAUACGCAAAAGAGGCAGAGUGGUACCACACUGGGUAUAAACCAACAAUGGAGGAAUACAUCAACGUUGCUUGGGUUUCGAUAUCAGCACACACCAUUUUAACUCAUGUAUUUUAUCUCAUUUCAAAUCCAAUCGAAAAGGAGGCUGCUGAGAGCUUGCGUAACUAUCAUGACAUCGCUCGUCACUCAGCAAUGGUUCUACGCCUUGCAGAUGAUCUUGGAACAUCACCGUAUGAGAUGCAAAGAGGUGAUGUGCCAAAAGCAGUGGAGUGCUACAUGAAUGAGACGGGAGCUUCGAGAGAGGAGGCUCGCGAACAUGUGAUGCGUAUGAUAAGAGAAAUAUGGAUGAAGACGAAUGAAGAGAGAUUUAGGGAAUCUCCAUUUUCAGAUGAUUUUAUUAGAAGUGCAGCUGAUCUUGGAAGACAAGCACAGUAUAUGUACCAACAUGGCGAUGGCCAUGGGAUUAGUAAUCCGGAGAUGAAGGAGCGUAUUUUAGGUUUGAUAUUUCAACCUAUUGUUUAG